UUUCCCACUUAUUAUACUUGGACCGCUAAAUGUAAGUGGACACCCAGACAAACAUCUACAGCUAUGCUUGCAAGACUUUACAUAAUACAACCUUCGGAGAAAGAACGUUAUUAUCUUAGGUCUUUACUUAUUCACGCAAAAGGCGCAACUAACUUCGAUGACCUCAAAACUAUAAACAGCCAUCUCUGUGGGAGCUUCAAAGAAGCAUGCUUUCUAUUAGGUUUUCUUCAAGACGAUGCAGAAUGGGAUACGUGUCUACUUGAUGCAAAAGAGAAAUCAUAUAAUAUCACAGAAUUAGAAAAUAAAUUAAGCCAAAAUGUACCUUUAUUAAAUGAAGACCAGUGUGCGAUCUUUAAUGCUAUUACACAAGCCAUUGAACGUGAAGAAAGAGAUAAAAGCUAUUCAAUCAUCCCUAGUACCGAAAAUACAAUAGAACUCCCUUCAAAUAUAGUCAUAGCUGGUGGAAAAUUAUUGGAUCUGAUUGAUUUUGUCUAUUCAAAUUUUACCCAACAUUCUACCAAUACGGAUUAUCUAAUUGAAAGAACUAUAUUAACCCCAAAAAAUGAUGAUGCAAGUAAAAUUUCAGAUCUUAUAAUAGAUCAAUUUCCUGGUGAAGUUCAUACCUAUUUAAGUGCAGAUUUUGUCGAUUCACAUGAAGACACUGAUUUGAGACAAUCCCAUUUAUACCUACCUGAGUUUUUAAGAUCU